AUGGCACUUAAUCCCUUCAUGCACCAACGUAAUCCUUACAAGACGAAUAAACCCUCUUUUAAAAGGCUUGCUGAAAAGUAUCCUUUUUUCAAUGAUGUGGUUCUGAAAGAUGAUGAUGGCAAAAUAUGCCCUGACUUUAAGCAACCACGUUUAUUAGCUGCACUUGCGCGUGCAUUACUAUUAGAAGAUUUUGGGUUGGAUGUGGAUGUUCCGGUUGACCGGCUUAUUCCAACAAUUCCUCUGCGACUUAACUACAUUUUAUGGAUAGAGGAUAUUUUGACUGCAAUGCAGGUUCCCCAUAAGGCUCUGACAAUACUAGACAUUGGUACAGGUUCCUGUUGCAUAUAUCCAAUCAUCGGCGCCAAAAAGAACAGUUGGAAUUUUAUUGGAUCAGAAUUUGAUGCGAGGAAUUUCGCCCAUUCCGUGGAGGUCGUGAAGAAAAAUGGAUUGAGCGAUCAAAUUCAUCUUGUUCGUGUUAAUGAUGCUCUCUCGCAUCCACUGAAACAGGUUUUUGACGAAUAUUCUGUGUCUGCCGGAAUUAAUGCAUCGGACAUUAAAAUUGAUGUUGUGAUGGCGAACCCCCCUUUUUUCGAAGAUGUCGCUGAUGCGAUCGGUGCUGAUUCUACUCGAUCUUUAUCACGGGCCCCACCGAAGUCAGCAUCUUCCGCCGCACGCCAAGAGAGUCAAAUUGACGGUGGUGAAGUUGGUUUUGUCAAGCGUCUCGCUGAGGACAGCUUAAUUUACCAGAAUAAUGUUGGGGUGUUCACUACGAUGCUCGGCAAGAAAAGAAGCGUUCCUAUCGUCAGGCGAAUUCUCGGAGAUAUGAAGAUAACACAAACGUCUGUCUACGAAAUGUGCCAAGGGCGUGUAAUGCGGUGGGGCAUUGCAUGGACCUUCAUCCCAAAUUUCUCCUUCCCCAUGCAUGUCUUGGUGCAAAAGAACAAGCAGAUUUUGGGUGGCUACCACAUCUACGCCGAAGCUCACGAGGAUACCUGGACCCACGCACGCCGUAAACGACGGAAGGCAUUGUUUUUGCAGCAACAGCAUCAGCAAGGCCAACCGCUUGACGCUCCGACUGACACACAGUUGAUGGGCAAGAAACACCCCCUUCCUGUCUGUCGGGAGACGAAAGAGGAUGUGGAAGUGGCAGCCAAGCGACGCCGUCUCGAACAGACUUGCGAAGAGGGCGAGGCCUGGCUUGAGGAGCUCGAACAUGACCUCUCCGGCUCCACUCUCACUGAUCACAAGCCAGAGAACCAAGAUCCACUCAUUUUGAAGGCCAAUUUUUAUGUGGAAUCCAGUUUGAAAGGCUAUGGAGGCGGUGAAGAGGAUGAGGAGGAGACGGAGAUCGGUGAGAAUUCGAUGGCGGAUAAUGGGGACGGCAAUGUGGAUAAGCUUAUCAUCAGUGUAGAGUGGCUUGGUGGAACGGAUCGAGAGGUAGCCAAUCGCGUUUUGUGUUAUCUCAAAAAUAAGCUUAAGUAA